AUGGCUAUGCUUACUAAAUCUAUACAUGAUGAAGAUCAUGUUGAAAAAAAGGAUCCUGACACCAAUCCAAAAACGGUUCAAAAUGUUGUUUCAUCGAGAUCACCCCCAAACCCAGCUAAGGACAUUACUGAAGAAAGAAAUCGUACCAACUGGGAUCUCAAGGAAAUGCACGAGUUUUUAGAAGGUGGUGAAGCUAAAUCUGAACAAGUUUUACGUUUGUAUCAAUCAAUUGAACGUGACCCAAUCUUGCAAACCAGACCUGAACAAUUUGAUAUUACUCAAAAGGAAGAAAGAGAAUUGGUUGCCACCAGAAUCAACCAAAUGACCAAAUAUAUGGAAAUUGAAUCAGCUGCAAAAUUCAGAAGAAGAUUGCAAUUGAUGACAAUUAUCGACCCAUCAAUGGGUAUUAGAAUGUUAGUCAACAUUGGAUUGUUCAUCAACUGUAUUAAAGGUAACGGUACUCAAAAGCAAUAUGAUUUCUGGGCUAAAUCUAAAGAAGGUGCUAUUAUCAAACAAAUUCACGGUUCCUUUGGUAUGACUGAAUUAGGUCAUGGUUCCAAUGUUGCAGGUUGUGAAACCACUGCCACUUUUGAUGAAAAAACCGACACUUUUAUUAUUGAUACUCCUCACAUUGGUGCUACUAAAUGGUGGAUUGGUGGCGCUGCUCAUUCUGCCACUCACACUGUCUGUUACGCCAGAUUAAUUGUCAAAGAUGUCGAUUAUGGGGUAAAGACAUUUGUUGUCCCAUUGAGAGAUUCAAACCACAAUUUGUUGCCUGGUGUUGCUAUUGGUGACAUUGGCGCCAAGAUGGGUAGACAUGGUGUCGAUAACGGUUGGAUUCAAUUCACUGAAGUUAGAAUUCCAAGAUUUUUCAUGUUACAAAGAUGGUGUAAAGUUGACCGUCAAGGUAACGUCACUUUACCACCUUUGGAACAAUUGUCUUACAUUUCCCUUUUGGAAGGUAGAGUUGGUAUGGCUACUGAUUCUUAUAGAAUUGGUGCUAGAUACAUUACCAUUGCCUUGAGAUUUGCUGUUGGUAGAAGACAAUUUGCCAGUGCAAAGGGCAAAGAAGAAACUAAAUUGAUUGAUUACACUUUACACCAAAGAAGAUUAUUACCAUUCUUGGCUAUGACUUAUGCUGCAGCUCUUGGUACUGACAGAUUGGAACGUCAACAUGAAGAAUUGUUGGCAAACUUGGACAAAGCUUUGGCAACCAAAGACAAGUUGUUGUUGAAAAACACCAUCAAUGGUACCAAAUCCAUGUUUGUUGAUUCUGGUUCCUUAAAGUCUACAUUGACUUGGUUUGCUGCUGAUUUGAUUAAUGAAACCAGACAAGCUUGUGGUGGUCAUGGUUACUCCUCCUACAACGGGUUUGGUAAAUCUUAUGAUGAUUGGGUUGUUCAAUGUACUUAUGAAGGUGACAACAAUGUCUUGGCUAUGUCUGCUGGUAAGACCAUUAUCAAGACAGUUCAACAAGUUUUGAAUGGGAAACCAUUACAAGAUUCAACCUUGGAAUUCCUUAAUGACGCCCCAACUUUGUCAAAGGCAAAGAAAGCGGUUAUUAGAAUUAAAGAACACGUUGACGAUGUUGACCGUGUUUUGAAAGCUGUUGCUGGUUUGAUUAGUAAAUUCUCCUCCGAUUUGAUUGCUGUUUCACAUCAAUCUUGGGAUUCAAUUGGUCCACAAAGAGUCAUUUUGUCUAAAUUGAGAUGUCACUACUAUUUGUUGGAAACUUUUAACGAAAGAUUGAACGACAACAUUAAAGCCAAAUCUCCAGCAAGACCACACUUGGAAAACAUCGUUAAAUUAUACUAUGUCACCAACAUUUUGGGUCCAUUUAUUGAUGAAUUCUUAAGAUUCGGUGUCAUUUCACCAAAAGUUGCCAAAUACAUUACUGGUGAAUACCCACAAAGAUUAUGUGCCAUCACCAGACCAUAUGUCAUUGGUCUCACUGAUUCUUUCCAACAACCAGAUAACAUCAUCAACUCAUUGAUUGGUCAAUAUGAUGGUAACAUUUACACAAACUACUUGGAUUCUGUCAAGGAGGUCAAUAACCCAUUAAACGACAAAGCUCCAUAUUCUGAAGAUUUGGAAGCCAUGUUGAAUCGUCAAUCGAUUUCUCAAAGAGAAAGAUUCGAAAGAAGUAAAGAAGCAGCUGCUAAAUUAUCAAGAUAA